GAAGCCUUUUACCUUAGCUAUGUGAUUAACAGUUCCAAUUCUGGUGGAGUUCAGGCGAACAAGGUGAGCUCUCAUUGCUUUCUCAAUUUUUUGCCUAGACGUAGACCAUGAAUUAAUAAUUAAGACAGUAAUGUACUUCCAAACAACUGGACUAUCGUUGGAGAAAAUACUGUGGCUUGAGCCGUAUUUUUCCCACAAGAUCAUACAGUAUUAUUUCAUUGCUUCGGAUAGCAUGGUAUUACGGUUAUCCGUCUCUCUUUUUAUUAAACCUAAAUUUUUAGUUUAAAUGUUUCUUUAUUGAGUCUCAGUUCCUUUCUUGCUGCUGCUUCUCUUGAGGUAUGAUAAAACACCCGGAAUCUGUUUUCUAGGUAAUAUACUUGUUGGGACCGACUCGCGGCCGAAUGAACGAACUGAUAUUGAUUAGUUCCACUUCGAGACAACACAAAAUGGUGGAAAUGUCUGUAAUUUGAAAGUCGUUCAUAAUUACAAGUUCAGUUGACCUGGAUUAAAGCGUUGUGUUCUAUAGCUUCGUGUCAAAAAAGCUUUCGGCGAAUUGUCUCCGACACGUCCAGCUAUUCUACGUGGAACAGUCGCAAAGUAUGUCGUAAUUUCUCUUGCGUUAAUAUGCAUUUUUGCUUUGGGUAGCUCAGCGAACGUAUUUUACAUUUUGAUUUUCUUUUCAUUAUCCUAAAACAGCUUCUUUUUAUUUUAUCCAGCGAAGCCAAUAGUCUACAGAAGUAUAAAAAAAUUAACGAAAAGUUAUUUACCCAGUGUACAUCAUUUGUCUUGAACAAGUGGGAUCAAAUUCCUGCAAACAAUGCCGAACAAGUGAAGCAAAAGUAAAUUUAACUUACUGAAAGGUUUUGAGACCUCAAUCUUGUGAAGCAGAUCUCAAUCGCUCCUCCAGUAGAGCUCAGUGUGCACAUAUGUAUAGCGUCUCACAGAGGUAUUUGAUUAGCUUUCACGUGGACUAA